AUUUCCGGAGGGUGGGUGUUCCCACACGAUUGAAGAGCUUAUCACCUGAGCCGCGAUUAGCUCAUGGCAUUGCGUUAGUUCAGUCAGCUUCCAUACACGUGGUCAGCUGAUCAGAGGGUUGUGGUGAACUUUUCGCGUGCGAAAGCGUUUUGGUAUUUAUUCACGGUAGUGACCGCAGGAUAGUAAAUUUCGUCCGCCGAAGGAUGAGUUCAAAGGUUACGUUCAAGAUUACUUUGACAUCUGAUCCCAAACUUCCGUACAAAGUUUUUGAUGGAAUGGAAAAUUCUCAAAUUAGAUUAAGUGUACCGGAAAGCACUCCCUUCACCGCCGUUCUGAAAUAUGCUGCAGAAGAAUUCAAGCAAAAUCCAGCUACUUCAGCGAUAAUAACCGACGAUGGCGUUGGAAUAAACCCUCAGCAAACUGCCGGAAACGUGUUUUUAAAGUAUGGAACUCAACUGAGACUCAUUCCUCGAGACCGCGUCGGCUUUAGUUGAAAAGCAACUGAUGAAAUCCGCUUUUAUUCCGAUUAUUCGAAUUAUGACUGGAAAUGGAUCGUGGAGUUUAUUUUUAACA